AAACAUCCUCGAUGCCGCAUCCCAGUCCUCAAUCAACAAACCCAGUCGUCGCACCCGCCGUCCAUAGACUGGACGUAGAUGUUCGCGCAGCGGGCGAGAGCGUGCCGGCGCGCUCUGGUAUGGCUUACUUGGUUGUCGCACUGGCCUCGCUGUCGGCUGGAUUCUACUUCAAUGUCCUGAUCAUGAUUGAGGUCAUCUUAGACAUAUUGUACAGUACAGAAUACGACAAGGAGAUCCUCAUGCGAUUGUGGGAUGGGUUCUUCGUCGGACAAUUAAUCGGCCAAAUCUUCUUCGGGAUUCUCUAUGACUACAUCGGACAGAAGAUCGCAUCCUGCGCCUCGGUGGCUAUGGUUAUGGUAGGCUCAGUUCUCUUUACGGCCGCCUGCGGCGUCUCCGGAAGCACAGAGGGUCUGCUCUGGGUCGCCAAAGUUGCGCAAGGGAUAACAGGCGUGGGUAUCGGUGGUAUAUACUCAGUAGCAUCCACAAUUGCUGCAGACGUGUUCAGCAACAGCACUAUCAACCGUGGACGAGCAUUCGUACUGAUAACCAACGGAGUAUUCAGUGCUGCUGGUCCCCUCGUGACUGUGAUUCUCCUUAUUGCGCUCUCUGCAGCGCAACCAGGACGUCUAGAAACUGUUUGGCCUGCAUGCGUCGGAGUCGGCAUCAUUAUCCCACUUGCAGCCCUCUUUUUCGCUACAUGCUGGACCAUGUCAAGUCAGCUCAAUGGCGUUACAAUGCGAGCUUCGUCAGAUCGGCCUGCGUACUCCGCAGAACUUGAACUCAAGCAACACUGGAUCGCAAUGGCUCGCACGAGCUCCCUUUGGUUCGUAUAUGCUUUUAUCGCGUAUCCCAAGAUCGUCUUCUCCGAGGCCAUCAUCUUCAGGGUCGUCAACGGGAACCUCUGGAGGACAGUCGGCCUGGAGCUACUAUUGUCCUUGAUCACAUUCGGGGGAAGCUUGGCCGGUGCAUUCCUGUGCGACUCCUUCGGUCGACGCAAGACGAUUCUGCUAGCUCUUAACGGCUUUGUGCUCGCUGCGUUGAUCACUGGCAGUGCCUACGACCGUCUCACCAACAUUGUUCCUCUGCUCGUGAUCUUCUAUGCUCUGACGCUUUUCAUGGGAAAUAUAGGACCUGGUAACCUCCUGAGUCUCGUCACAGCCGAAUCAUUCCCUCCUAGUGUUAGGGCUUCAUUCUACGGGGUCACAGCAGCCUUCGGGACGGCCGGUGCAAUCUCUGGAAUCCAUGCUUUCAAGACCAUCGAUGAGAACCUCGGCACUCAAUGGGCCUUCAUCGUCACUGGUAUAUGUGGCAUCGUUGGCGUCUUCCUGGCGUACCUUCUGCCUCAGGAUGUGAUGCCAACAAGUAUACCGGAGAAGCCGGAGAAAGAUCAGCUCCCAGUACGGAGCGCGAUUCAAGAGCCAGCUCCAUCUCCGCCUCCUCUUAACAGACAAGAGAAUGUUGCUCGUGCCCCGACAGACACUCAAGUUGUUCAAGCCGGUACCGGCCGUGCGAGGGAUCAGAGCCCGACUAUAAUUGAUAUUAAUGACCCCGUCCAGAGAAAAUACAAGCUCGUGCUUGCAAGCGACCCACAAACGCCGCGGGAUAGAUCACGCAGUCCGCAGGGCUCGCGCAAACCCACCAGUGACAUGCGUGGUCCCCGCAGCAAAGAAAUAUCGCCCAGUGCGCACGGCUCGCGUAACGCGCAUGGUCCGCGCAACGUGCAUGGUCCACCGCACGACUUGCCUCCCGCCGGUGGCCCGCACCGCAUGCCUAGUUCAUCUAACGUUAGGACUGUCGAGCAAGACCCGGAUGUUACACUCACCAGACGACCCCGUGCAGUUACAACAUAUGUACGGCCUCUCUCGACGGCGCCUCCUAAACCGGAGACUCCUCAUGGUGACGCUCCGAAGCAACGCGUCGAAAGGGCUGUACUGGUUCGUAGUGAAGAAGCAAUCCACAUUGAUCAGCCGCUGCGAAUCCCGGGGGUUCCUUCGAGUUCCGAUCCCGCGCCUCAGCCUGAAGGUCCGCCUUCCACUGGCAAUGUGCCGCAGGUCGCAUCUCCGCCCACACUGCCAGAACCGCAGGCAGACACACGUUCGCGUGUCAGCUCCCGUGCAUCGCCAACCAAACGGAUAUCGCCAUCUCCAAGUCAAUCUUUGACUGUCGAAGAGUCUGUGGGAGCUAUCGCGCCAGAGCGUCCUCUGACGGACAAGGCUCCCGACGCACAUGAGGCGCAAGAGGUCAUAACUCAAUAUGUCGCAGAAACAGGACUGCAGAAAUUCUUCCAGGAGGGCGACGCAUUCGUUCAAGCAGUCGUGGAAAAUGCUGCGAAACUGGAGGACGACGGGGAGUCCUUUCCCGUGACGCGGGACAACGUCGAGCGACUCAUUCGGCUCAGUCUGUAUCAUCCAGUCAUCUACUGUGAUGAUAGCGGAUCCAUGCAAUUGGAUACGCCGAGUCGUUGGGACCUCCAACGCGACGCCGUGCGUCGCAUCGCCGGUAUCACGACCCGCGCUGUACCGCAGCAAUACGGCGUAAGCCUCCGAUUCAUCAACACUCAAACGGCGAACAAAAACAAUAUUCCCGCCGCAGACGUGCUUACUGCCAUCCAGGUAGUGCGGCCCUCGGGCGGGACAGCGUUAGGCAGGAACUUGCAGAAGUCUAUCCUCAAUCCGUUGGUCCACAGCCCCCUACGUAACGGCGAGCUUCUCGAACGCCCCCUCCUGAUUUGCGUGAUUACCGACGGGUCUCCGAGCUCGACGGACAACCCAACUUUCGAGGAGGCUAUCAAGGAAUGUCGACAGUGUCUUGUGAACGCUGGCUAUGAGCCGACCGCCGUCCGGUUCUGCUUGAAUCAAAUCGGUGGCGACGAGAGCUCCGCGAGAUUUCUCGAAAGCCUCAGAAGAAAUACGGACAUCCAAGACGUCGUAUUCUGUACCACGGAGCGGCUCGACGUGAAGUUCAAGGAGUUCAAGGAGAACGGGAAGCUGCUGGACGAAUGGUUGCUCAGGAUGCUGUCUGAGCCGAUCAUGUUCCGAGCAAAGGAGCAAACCUGAUCGCAGGACGCAAUCAUUGAGCCUGGCGUACUAGGACCGCAGUGCUGGCUUGCUGCAGGUCCAAGGUGACUUGCGUAGAUUUGUCACUAUACUAAGAGUAUUUAGACGGCGGUCCGACUGCCAUAACUCGUCGACACUGCCGGCAACAUAGAGAGGCUCGUUGCCCCUAUUGAUAUAGCUAUUGUAUUGGCCUGACUAUGAUGUUUAUGGUCCAUAGAGUUGGUUACAAGACACUGUCGUUGUUGCCGCCGUGUCGUUUGUAUGAUACUGACUGUUGAUAGGUGUGCCAUUUUAUCAUGUACUGUAUGUCUAGAGACGGCUGCAGCGGGACGGCGCCCACAACAAGCGC